GGAAGCGGGCGCCGCGCGGUGCACAGUGCUGCGUCAGACAGACGUCGCGUGCUGACCGGGCGGGGCUGCGCCGAUCCGGCGCCAAGAUGGCGUCGCGUCGCUGGGGGGCCGCGUGCCUACACGGUGUUGUGCUGGUGUUGUGCGUGUGCGCGGGCUGUGCGGCUGGCCAGCAACGGUACGAGACGGCACCGCGGCCAGACCCGCCCGGGGUCGACACUCCCUGGGAUACGGGACAGUCGGCCACGCAAAAUCGAUUACAACAGUCGACGAAUCGCUUCGGCGAGGCGCGCGACGGCGCCAACACAGACGGCCAGGUGGGACCCCAGUAUGACCCCGAGCACAAGCGGUUCGGCGGCUCUGACCGCAACCCGUACCGCGGCGGCAGCACCUACCGCAACCGCUUCAGCGGCGGUGUGGUGGGGUACGACGGCGUCGACCGUGAAGUGGAGGGCGUGGGCAUCCUGGGCGGGUGGCGGGACGACCUGCAGGGCCAGCGCCGGCCCGAGGCCGCCUUCCUGAACCCGUACAAGGAGGUGCGCACGCUGCUGGGUCCCGUGACCGGGUUCGUGGUGCAGCUGUACGACAAGCCGCGGCUGCCCGAGGAGCUGUGGCCGGCCAACCUGCAGCUGGAGCUGCAAAAGUACAAGAUGAACGUGACCACCUUCCUCGGCAUCCCGUACGCCCAGCCGCCCGUGGACGAGGGCCGAUUCAAGCCGCCGCGCGCCCACCCCGGCUGGCAGACGCUGCCGGCGCUCGACUUCGGACCGGCGUGCCCCCAGCCGGCCCGCUACGUGGGCGUGCAGCACGGCAUUCGCCAGGUGGCCGAGGACUGCCUGUACCUGAACGUCUACACGCCGAGUAUAUCCAGUAACGUGCGUGACAAGUACGCGGUGCUGUUCUACAUUCACGGCGGGGAGUUCACACACGGCGCGUCCAGCCUGUUCCCGGCCCACAUGCUCUCCGCCUGGGGAGAGGUGGUCGUCGUCACAUUCAACUACCGACUCGGCGCACUCGGUUUUCUGAGCACCGGAGACGAGUAUUCACCGGGCAACUACGGCCUGCUGGACCAGGUGAUGGCACUCCGGUGGGUGCACGAAAACAUCAUCUUCUUCAACGGUGACCCAGAGAAGAUCACGGUGAUGGGUCCGGGGGCGGGCGCUGCCAGCGCCGGCCUGCUGGCCGUGUCGCCGCGUAGCGCCCACAUGGUGCACCAGGUCAUCGGAGAGAGCGGCUCUCCGCUGGCGGACUGGGCCGCCAUCUACGACAUAUGGCGCGUGCAGAACACAUCGCGCAUCUUCGGUGAAAAAAUCGGCUGCAACAUCGACACCAGCUACAAACUGAUGAACUGCCUCAACAAGGCGCGAAAUGCUAUCGAGAUCGGGAACGUCGAGUUCAAGCCGGACGUGGGAACGUUCCCAUGGGCACCUUACAUCGAGACGAACACGACGUUUCCUGGCAACGACUGGUACGAGGAGUGGCAGCAGGACGACUGGCGCGUGCUCCCCGACUUCCCGGAGAGGCUGUUCCGCCGGCGGCAGUUCAACCAGAAACUGCGCCUCCUCACCGGCGUCAACCGCGACGAGGCCGCCUUCUUUGUCUACGAGAAUCGUUCCCUGUCGCCGGACUUUGUGGUGACGCAGGAGUUUGUGGACGUGAAGAUCUGGGAGUGGGUGAAACAGUACAACUACACGCUCAACCCGGAGGGCGUGUAUGAAGCCAUCCGAUACAUGUACACCUACUGGCCCGACAGACACAACACUACCUGGAUCAGAGAAAUGUAUAUCGAUAUGUUGUCGGACGCGCUCUACAAAGCGCCUGUGGACAGCAUGGUCAAGCUGAUGAUGGACCUCGAGGUGACCACCUACCAGUACGUGCUGAACACCACGGUGGAGGCCCUGAAGGCUCCGCUCUGGCGGGAGGUACCGCACGACCUCGAGUACUACUUUCUUACCGGAGCACCCUUCAUGGAUCCAGAGUUCUUUGCUGAGGACAUACGGAUUGACAGACGAAACUGGACGGAAGGUGAUCGCAAUAUGAGUCAGCUAUUCAUCGAAACAUUCACCAAUUUUGCUAAAUACGGCCGACCAACUCCGAGACAAAUAUUCAACCUCAUCAACUGGCAGCCCGUGCUGGAGGGCGACCUGCGGUUCCUCAGCAUAAACAACACGUUCAACAGCACGAUGUUCAGCAACUACCGACAGACAGAGUGCUCGUUCUGGAGUCGUUAUCUGCCGACUGUGGUGGGACAUUUGGUGCCUACUUAUCGGCCUUCCACAGAGUUCUGGUGGGAACCACAGGAGCCGUUGCAAAUCGCCUUUUGGUCGGUGACGGCCUUGGCAUUUCUUUUGCUGGUCAUCGUCGGCAUAUGCUGUUGUCUAUGGCAAGGUGCCAAAAAGAAAACGACCCACUUGUACGAGGAGUCGUUUAUGGACGACGCCUUCGACGUUCGAGAGAACAGCCACUUUGCUGCCAAAUCGAGCAAGCCGCCGUCUAUCGCCACGCUGUCGGGCGCUGCGGCGGCGUCCGGCAGCGGCGGCGGAGCUAUGGACGCGCCCCGGCACGACGCGCGGUCACUGGCGCGCGAUAUUCAGCAGGACCGGCGGCGGCGCUCGGACGCCGGCCGGCAGCAGGCCGCCGCUCAGGCGCGCGAGACACCCACUCGCGUGCCCAGCAGCCAGGCUCAGAGCGCCACCGAGCUGGAGCCGCUGCGAGGCGCCGCCGCCGCCGAGCCGUUCACGCGCGAGCCCAGCCGCAGCUCGGCUCGGUCCCGCGACACGGUCCAGUACGCCACGCUGGAGCACACGGGCGCGCUGGCGGCCAGCGCGGCCCAGCAGCAGCUGCUGAAGGACGGCGCGCCUGGCGGCCAGUCGGGGGCGCGUCACCCGCAGAUGGCGCCCAACCAGAGGGAUACUCCGGGAGACCAGGCGGGACACACGGCCGACCCACGGCAGGCCGGCAGAGUGCCCGUGCUGCCAGCGCGGCCAACGGAUCGCGUGCACCCGUCGUCCCAGCCACAGCCACAAGACGCAUUCGUGCCGCAUGCCAAAUCCAUCCCAAACAUGACAGAGUAUGAAGAGAGACCACCGUCCCGAAUCCGCACCAAGUCGGUGGAGCAGCUGGACCGCGAUGUCGAUUCUGAGACGUCGCGGCCCGGGACGCCUAAGGUGCCGCGGUUCCACUUCGUCGAGCCCUACGAUGUGGUGCAGCUGCCAGACGACUACCAGUACAACUCGAACCCGAACCUGGCGGCCGGAGAGCGCCCGCGCACGCCGCGCACCGAGCGCAGGCCGGCCGACUGGCAGCUGCAGCCGCCGGGCUACGUGCCGCCCGAGGCUCGGCCGGUGCCGCCCACCGCGGCGCCGCGCACCGCCCCGCCGGCCGCGGCGGCGCCACCCGCGCGGCCAAAGCACCACCAGGCGCAGAUAGUGGUGCAGCUGGCCUCCCGGCCGCAGGAGACUUCCGCGCGGACGGGCGCGGCGCCCGGCUGGCAGGGCGGCGCGGGCCAGCCGGCGCCGUCCGGCACGCCGCCGCCGGCGUACCAGCGGCGCGCGGCCGCCACCGACACGCCCAACACGUCCCUGGGCUACCCGCCGACCGUGUCCGAGCGCAGCCUGCCCGACACGCCCUCGGCCGGCACUGACCGCAGCUUCGAGAGCUACGAGACGGAGGGGCGCGCCACGCCCAGACGCUACGUGCCGCCCGAAACGGACCUCUGACCUGUGCCAUGCCUGGCCCAGCGUUCCGAUACGCACCAGCUGUCUGCCGAGCACCGUUUCUCGGCUGGACAAGCCUUGCGAGCUUUCAGGUUCCCAGCGGCUCAAUGGGAGGCCAAAUGGGCUAGUUCAAAAUUGCAAUGGGCAUGAUAAACGUAAAUAAUCCGCAUGUUACAUGCUUAGGAUAGCAUACCAGUCACAGACAGGAGAGGAAAUUGUACAUGUGUGCAGUAAGUAUGCUUACACAGAUUGCUUUACGUGCAUACGCGGGUCUUGCGUCUGCAUGUUUUCAUGUGAGUACAGUCUACACAUAGGCGUGUUUAUAUUCAAAUGCUUGCUGCGAAGUCUGAUAUGUAUAUGUUACGUGAAUGCAUUUAAUGAUGUAGGUAGAUGAUGCAGCGAUAUCAUCUGCACCGUGGCGUUUUUGUACCUCCGUCCGUCCAGUUAGCCGUGUUCGUGUAUGUUACAGCUCGAUGAGACUGCCACGUUAGAUCGCCACCGUCACCAGCACCAUCAUGUGCGCUGAGAGCGCCACAAAACUCACCAAACAUGAUCGAAUCGACGGUCUCAAUACAUUGCCAUGCCUGCAUGGCAACUGGUAA